AAGCUAACGUUUGACCAUGCAUAUUCAAAUAUAACUUUAAGUACUCGAAUUUUCAAACUUCAACUUCAAAAUCCAUCGCCCGAAGCUAAACUUCGCGCUUUGAGCAUUGAAACCACUGCUAAACUACCCUUCCCGCCUGGGGAUGUCUCAAAAUCCAAAUGAAGAUAUCAACCAGAAAGCUCAUAUCUUUAAGGCACCCUUCUCUCAAUCUAUGGCAUCCAACUGUCGAUUGUUUCACUUGGAAUACUCUGAUCAGAGCCUAUGUUCAACGAACUCAUCAACCUUCAAGCCCCACCCAUACCCCACUCUCCAUCUUCCUCCGAAUGCGCUUCCGUGGCGUCCAUAUUGACUACUACACCUUCCCUUUUCUCCUCCAGUCCGUCCAUUCUCCACCACACCUCCAAUUGGGACGAUCCAUUCACUCACAAGUUCUUGUUUUUGGUUUUUCAUCCGACCCAUUUGUCCAAACUUCGCUAAUCAGUAUGUACACUGCUUGUGGCGAUGUGGGUUCUGCACGGGAGGUGUUUGAUGAAAUGUCUCAACGGGACUUGCCUGCGUGGAAUUCUAUUGUGAAUGCGAAUGUGAAAGCAGGUUUGCUUAGUGUUGCGCGUGAGCUGUUUGUUAAAAUGCCUAGUAGAAAUGUUGUGUCUUGGAGUAGUAUGUUGGAUGGUUAUGUGAGGUGGGGUAAGUGUGAAGAAGCAUUGGAGUUGUUUAAUCAGAUGAUGAAGGAAAAUGAAGUUAUGCCUAAUGAGUAUACCAUGGCUAUUUUGCUUGCGGCUUGUGAGCAGUUGGGUUCACUUGAGCAUGGGAAAUGGGCUCAUGCUUGUGUUUACAAGCUUGGGAUGAAGAUAAAUGUUGUACUUGGCACUUCGUUGAUUGAGAUGUAUGCUAAAUGUGGGAGUAUAGUCCGGGCAAGAUUAGUUUUUGAAAAUUUGGGUUCGAAGAAGGAUGUAAUGGCUUGGAGUGCCAUGAUCUCAGGUCUUGCGAAGCAUGGACACUGGGAAGAUUGUCUCUGUUUGUUUUCAAAUAUGGUUGAUAGCGGAGUAACACCUGAUGAUAUCACGUUCUUAGGUGUUCUUUCUGCUUGUGUACAUGGAGGAUUGGUGAGUCAAGGGAAGGACCUGUUUGAGAGGAUGAGUAAAGAGUUUGGUAUUUCGCCUUCAGUUCAGCAUUAUGGUUGUAUGAUUGACCUUUAUGGCAAAGCUGGUUUGAUCGAUGAAGCGUGGGAUCUUCUGAAUACAAUGCCUAUGAAACCAGAUGGGCUUAUUUGGGGAGCUCUUCUUAGUGGAGCUAGGAUAUGUGGAGAUAUUGAAACAUGUGAGAUUGCACUCAACAAAAUAAUAGAGCAAGAUCCCACAAAUAGUGCAGCUUAUGUUCUUCUCUCCAAUGUCUACGCUAAGAUGGGUCGGUGGAAAGAUGCUGGGGACAUCAGAAACGUUAUGGAGACGAAGAAGGUACAUAAAGUUCCUGGGCGUAGUUCUAUAGAGAUCAAUGCAAAUAUCCAGUAGAACUAGUUGACAUUGAAAUGCGUAUCAAUAGUAAAUCAUCUGAUGCUCAAGGAUACUCUGCGCGGGUUCAAGAUGGAUAGUAAUCUCAAACAUGGAACACAUAAUUCAACUACAGGUAUGUUUGCUAUCACACCUGUUUCAACUACAGAUGAAAUCAAAGUAUAUAAAUACUAGCAUAAGAAGGAUUUUAGAGCGACUUGCUAGAAAUGGCGACAAAUUCUUUUAUGUCCAACACUUAUUGUCAAAAGAAAAAAUGUAUCAUUGAUGAAUGCUUCAAUCCAACUCUAACAUUCCACAGCUAAACUUCCGGAAAAAAUAAAUCAAGAUACAAAAAGGAAACCUUCAUUCUCCUUUUGAGUAUACCAUCGUUAAGCAGCAGCUCCUACGCAAGUAGUUACUGGAGCAACACUAUUUUGUUUUGCAGCACUAUAUUUCUUGGUGAUGAAUCUG